UGUUACAAUAACAUAGAGUUUUGUUUGUGUUAAACAAAUAGAAAUAGCAAGAUAUGAACAACAUAAGACUGUUGCAACACAUACCAGGAGGUAUUGCCAUGGAAAUGCUGAUGUGACAGCACUGCCAGUCAGUUAUAUAAGACAUGGGGAAUGGUGCCUCAUUUCUACGCUCCCAAGACGAUGACGACAUUCUUGGGACAGAUCUGGAUGGCAGUAGUAAAGGGGUCAUUAAAAGGAUCCCGAUUGAGAUGAAGCCUAGAGGAAAACUCGGAAACAAGAUAACCAAUUCUGUUCUCAGAAAACCUAAAGGUGGAAGUCUUAGGUCGGCACUAUCCAUAGAUUUAGAAAAUCCCGAGGUGGAACGCAUUCGUCGAGAAUAUGAGAUAUAUCGUCUGAACACUGAGAAUGAAAUACAGAAUACAUCGAGAGAGAAGACAAAACUGGAAACUGAUAAUAAACGACUGCGAGCCGAACUGACAGUUUUACAGAGAACAUGUAACAACAUGCGACAAGAACGUGAUGCCGCUUAUGAAGAGAAGCUUCAAGCUUUGGCAAGGGCGGCAGCUUUCGAACAUGAUCGUGAUAAAGUUCAGAGGGUUUUUAAGAUAUUUCGAGAGACGAAGGAAAGUGAGAUUCAGAAUCUUCUGCGAGCAAAAAGAGAACUAGAGAACAAAUUGAGCAAGGUUGCCCAUGGUUACCUUCCAGAAGAUACAGAUACUACCUCAAGAACUGGCAUUGAUAGUAACAGUAGUCCCGGAGACUGGUGGACCAAUGUGGAAUCAGAAUCAUCGAUGGGUAGUACGGUACAGUUACACCAGACCACCCUGCGUGGACCAGAGUUUGCUAGCAGUAUGAUGGAGUUUGAUGGACCAUUUACCAACGUUAACAAAGAAGAUUGGUCGUCUGCUUUAGCCACGUUAAACCAGAUUGUGCCUAUAAUUCCGGAGCAGUCACUGAGCUGUGCUCUCCGGCUGUACAUAUCAGCACCUAAAGAUGCACAGCCAGAGGUGGAUAUGUUUAUGAAGGAGUACAGACCAAAGUUGAGCUCACUGUGUAAUAAAGAAGGAAGAAGCCUUGUUACUAUACAUCUGUUCUAUGAUGAACAGGAAUCACAGAAUAAUCUGGAUUUGCAGUUGAAAUGCAGAAAGCACCAUGCUGACAAGUCCUCAAUAUUUCUGGCUUUCCUGGGAGAUAACUCUAACAGAUUUACUGCUGUAGAAUACAAGUCUGGACAUCUAGAUCACCCUGGUAACAGAACAGCCAUUUUCUGCUUUAGAGAAAUCAAAGGGACAAAACCUAAUUUGGAAACCAGGGAGUUGAGGAACCAGGUCCGAGACAGUGGUAGUGCCAAAAUUAUAGACGGUUAUCCAACGGCUGUUAAAGGGGCGGAGCUUGCUUACAAGGAGUUGGAGAAGGUCAUCGGAAUUGAGUUGGGAUCAGAUAAUAAGAAGACAGAAGAUGAAGAGUUUGAGGUACGAGAAGGAGAUAUUACUGAGGUUGACGGAGUUUUUGAUGCUAACUAUAACUAUGAACAGAUGGAAGCCUUCAAUUAUGCUGUCAAAUCUAGUUGUGAACUUGGCUUUGAAAAGCACUAUGAGAGAUUAAACGCCCAUGUAUUAUCUGCUGGACCAUUACCCCCCCUGCUGAUACUGAGCCCUUCAGGGGCUGGAAGGUCCCUGCUUCUCUGUAAAUGGAUACAGUUACAGAUAGAGAAAGCUCCAGGCAGUGUAGUGUUGUAUCAUUUUGUAGGGGCAGAUAACUCUGUAUCAGCUGAUCCUGUUGUCAUGAUCAGAAGGAUUACAGCACAGCUUAUGCAGCAAGUGACCUCACCUCCGUCUUUGACUUUCGACCCUACAAGACUUGUAGAGGAGUUUCCAAGAUGGUUGGAGAAGAUCUCAUCUCGAACAAAUGGAGGUGUUAUAUUGGUGCUAGACUCCAUUGACAGAUUUCAUCAAGCAGAAACCCAUCUGAAGUGGUUGUUGGACCCACUACCUGUAGAUGCCAGGGUGAUAGUGUCUGCACAUGAAGAUACAUGCCCACAGUCAUGGAGGUCUUGGCCAACACUUCAAGUAGAACCACUUAGCAACAAGAAUGUUAAAGAACUUUUACGAGCAGAGUUGGUUACCCUGGGAGCCAGUCUGAACAAUGAGGAUGAGACUAAAGUAUUAACCCACUGUAGAAAUAACCCUACCUGUAUACCUCUCUAUGUAAUGGUGCUGUCCAGGCAUAUUGCUGACUGUUCAAAGAGUGAAUCAAAAGUAACGAAGCAUUUGGAUGCCUUGUUAACCUCGUCUGAUUGUGUAGGACUGUAUAUAAAGGUGCUGGAACUAAUCAAAAGUGACAUAGAGACUCAGGAAACUAGGGGAUUUACCAGAAAUGUUUUGAGAUACUUGUAUGUAAGUCGAAGUGGACUCAGUGAAAAUGAAUUGAUUGAUUUAAUUCCUGGGUUGACAUGGAGUUUCCUUGCUCCUUUCUGCUACUUGAUGCAUGAACAUUUGCUGCUAAAGUAUCAAGGGGGACUACUGUUGUUUGCUCAUGAGCAGGUUAUCAAGGCAGUACAUGAUUUCUGUUUUGGAAAGGAUGAACAGAAAGUGAUCUCACAAAUCAGACAAGAUCUCAUUCAACAUUUUCAGUCUCAGAUGAGUGGAACAAAGGCCAGUUGUCGAGUGUCCGAAGAGUUGCCAUGGUUACUAUGCCAGGAGGGUGACAAGGAUGAUUUGAAAUCCUGUUUAUUAGAUAUGUUUGUCUUUCAGAAGAUAUGUGCAAGACAUGACCAGGCUGAUCCUCUUAGGAAGAAAGCAAUGUCCAUCAGGAGAGGUGCCAGGACACCUAGAUCUGUUACUCCGCGGGUACAGGGAAUGGAGCCUCUGCGUAAACGUGCCCUGCAGCUAGAGGGGCUGUGUAUGGGUCCUGACUCUGCAGACCUGGCCAGAACACUCAAUGAAAUUGGUGUUCUACAUUACCUACAGAAUGACUUUGAUAAUGCAGAGUCAUUCUUCAAGCGAUCUCUGGAGAUGCGGGAGAACGUCCUUGGGCCGGACCAUCUUGAUUUAUCCCAGUCUCUCAAUAAUCUAGCAGCCUUGUACAACGAUAGAAAGUUACACUCUAAGGCUGAACCACUUUAUGAAAGGACUUUAAAAAUACGCAUGAAGAAUCUCAACUCGGAUCAUCCAAGUAUUGCAUCUGUGAUCAAACAUUUAGCUCUCCUAUACAGAAAACAGGGUAAAUAUGAGAAAGCUGAGCCAUUGUAUGUACAGGCUGUGGAAAUACGGGAAAAGUCAUUUGGACCAAAUCAUCCUUCCGUCGCAACUGCAUUAGUCAACCUGGCAGUGCUGUACUCUCAACAGAACAAGCACAAUGAAGCAGAACCAUUAUAUACCAGGGCUUUGAAAAUAUAUGAGGAUAGUUUAGGUCCCCAUCAUCCCAGAGUAGCAGAGACACUACGCAAUCUAGCUGUACUGAAAUAUGAUCAGAAAGAUUUUGAGACGGCAGCGAAAAUGUACAAACGUGCUACGGAGAUUAAAGAAAACGAUGGUUCUUAUGCUGGGAAGGACUUGAUAUCUAGACGCAGUUCAAGUGGAGAAACAAACUCUACAGUUAAAAAUCUUUUGCACCCAUGAUUUCAGAUUACAGAAUUGUGAACAGUGUUAGAAGUGUAAUUGUAAAUUGAUAGUGCAGCUGUAAAACCUCAAGCUUCCAUCACUUCAUCUUGUAUUCAUAACAGAAAGUUCAUUUGGAGGUGGGGAGGGGAAAAGUUAUGUUGUAUUUUAUCACUCCACAUGACUCAGUUGUUGUUAUUAUUUUGUUCUCAAUCUCUGUUAUCUCCACAUCACUCAUGGGGAAACUAUCUCUUGUAUUCAUUUCUUCUUGUAAAAAUCUCAUUGUGCACAUUAUGUCACAUAACUCAUGUGUUAAAAUGCCUUUCAGUCGUUUUGAAUUCUUUAGCUUGUCUAUACAAAGUAUAUGGAAAGCUAUUCUACUCACUUUUGGCAUUGGCAUCAGCAUUUAAGUCUGCCUUUGUCACUUUAUCUCUGUUAUUAAUAAUGGACUUGCUUCAAAUUAAGAAUAGUAAUAGAAGGGAUGUAACUCUGGCACCAAUAUCUCAUGAAUUAUGCCCCCUUUGUAAGAAUUUUAUUUUUUGUCUUAUUAGUGAAUUGAUAUUAUUUAGAUAUGAAAAAAAUGUGCUCCCCUUCAUGGCUCGAGUUUCCUUAGAUAUGCCCCGAGUCAGGUAAUACUGCUGCUGUUCCUGUUUUGGUCUAUUUCUCAUUGCGAUAUGUCCAUGUUCCCAUACAAAAAUAUGUAUUAAGAGUCAGUUAUAGUUUUGGUUCUUUGAGGACUUGGAGUCUAUUUAAUUUUUAUGUAAUAAUAGAUUUCCACUUAAAUCAAAGCUAGGGGGCAUGAGGGGCGUUCCACAUAUUAUAACCUCUAAUAUACAGUUUCACUCAAACCAUCUGUGCUAUUAUUUUGUUAGGUAGUGUUCUUCUAUGCUCCUAAGCAGUACUUUUAGAUUUAUGACAGAAAAUCCAUGACUGAUUUUACUAACUUUACAACUUCUAUACCAGUUUUGCCGCAAAUAAAAUGACAUAAAACUGUGUGUAAUGUAGGAAAUGAAUUUAACUUGAGCAAUUUUAUGUAUUUAGUCAUUGUUCAAUAGCUCAACCAUAAUUUCCUUUGUUUACAGUUAUUUUGUGUAACUGUACUUUGUAAUUGUAUUUUGACAAUCGUGCAUUGGAUUUUUUAACAAUCGUUUGCAGUCUUUAUUUUGAGACAUUAAUAUUUUUUUAUUGUUCAAAUAUUUUCGCCGUUUAUUGCGUAUUAUUAAAUUGUUUUAUUUUCCCUAAUGUACGCCACAUUACCAAUUACAAAAUUUUACUAAUAUAACUCUGAAAUUUUAUAUUCUAACUAUGAGCUGCAGGAUCAGUUCAUUAUAGCUUACACAUUUUAUAGUUAGACAAAUUCAGACAGUUAGAUAUUGUUAUCGUAUUAUCAUUUUAGAUUUUUUAUAAUGAAAUGGUAAAAACUUAUAUAAAUCUGGGAAUAAAGGGAGGUAAACUGCACCAGUUGAGUUGAUCUCGCAAGAAUAUCUUGCAUAGUAGAACCAUUAUCUCCAUGUAGUAACGUAUAAUAUGCUAUUUCGGCAUCUUUUGCUUGUAAAUGACCUUAAGUUUCAUAGCAUACUAAAAGUUGUUAAAGUUACGUGCAGGCAAUAUGUAAUGGAACGGCAAUAACUGAAUAUCAUUACGAGUCUUUACGAGUCUACUGGUGUUACUAAGGGUAUGCUACCUGUGAUACAGACGGAAUCUUACCAGACAAAAUCCCUCUCUUCAAUUUAAUGAAAGCGAACAAAAUUCCCUCUUGCAUUUUUUCAGUUGUAUCCAAAUUUUUACUUCAUUCCAUCAAAAAAUUAAUACAUAUUAUCUUAAAAA